AUGGUUUUUCCGGUUAAGAAGAUGACUUCUGCGAUUUCCAGUGUCUUCAGCCGCAAGAAAACUCUUGCAGGUGAAAAAAGCGAUCACCAAGGAGACAAUUCUGCGGAAGCUGAUGAGAGUUUGUCUGUUGGGCAAAGACUGAAGACGAGAAAACGAAAAAGAAGAAGAAGAAAAAACUUGAGUGAGGGUAGUGGAGAAGAGGAGCUGUGCAAGAAGAGGAUACUAAUGGGUGAAAGAUGCAAACCGAUUAACCGGUCAGGGAUUUUGCAGUAUGCUGGUGAUGGGAUCCUCUUACCCGAGGCAUGA